AUGGGGUGUGGGGACGCUGACAAAGUUGGUCAGGUUCCGCCUGAAGAACUCCUUCAAAUUAAUAAAAUCUUAGACCGAUGGCGGCAAGGUUAUGAGACAGAAGAUGUUAACUCUUAUAUCGGCACCUUCUGGGAAAACGGUUUCCUCUAUGUUUCUGAUAUGGGAACCGACGGAGACAAAACGGAUGAUCUGGAGUUUGAUGACAUCCGACAGGAACGGGAUGCUGCCACUCGAGUCUUCGAGAAGUUCAGGAUAUUGAGAUAG